CUCUCUUCUUUUUUUAUAUAAUAGAUACUCCAUAGCAAUGAAAAAUCCAGGAGAAACAAGAGUUGAAUAGACACAAAAGAAGAAACAGCCAAAUCAAAGAGGAAUUAGAGUUGAAGGAAGGGGGAUGACACAAUCCAGUGAGAUUACAAUUCCAUUGCUUCUUCAAACUGAAAAAGAUGAGAUAGAAGAAGGGAGGAAAGUGGAUCAUAUAAUCGACCUAAAUGAUUUAGACAAUUUGUCUAUUAAAUCGUGGACGAUUUCCAAAGUAAACGUGUGGCUACGUGAAUCAAAUCCAGAUGCUUAUACACCAAAGAUGGUCUCUAUUGGUCCUUACCAUAACAAAAAUCCUCAACUUGAUUCAAUGGAAAAGUACAAAAAAUUGUACCUAAGACGAUUUCUUCAACGAAAAGAGGGGUUUGAUGUGGAAAGUUGCAUCAGUAAAUUGGAGCAAUUGAAGGAGAAAGCACUAGAGUGUUACGACGAUAUGAAAGACAUCGAUACUAGAAUGUUGUUGCUUGAUAGUUGUUUUGUGGUUGAGUUUAUUCGAGAGCAUUGUCAAAAAGGAGUAGAAAAAAUUAUCAAUAUUAAUGAUAAUUACAUAUUCCGAGACUUGAUGUUACUAGAAAACCAACUUCCUUUCUUUGUCCUACACCAACUUUAUCUCAUGACAAAGCAAGGUGACGAUGAACCAUUGGAAAAACUGGUGAGUGAUUGGUUUCUCUCUUUUGUUGGCUUCCCAGUUCAUUAUGAAUACUUUGGAAAUAUCAAACAUUUACUUCAUCUACUACACAAAUAUUCAUGUCAAGGGAUUACCAAGAAAGAGCCAAACAAAUACGAAACAUGUCAAAUGCCAAAUGCAACAAAGCUUUCCGAAGCUGGAGUUAGCUUUGUAAAGAACAGUAAUACGAAAAGUUUAUUCGAUAUAAAGUUCGAGAAUGGAUCGAUGACAAUCCCUUGUCUUCAAGUGGAAGAUAACACGGAAACCAUCCUGCGAAAUCUCAUUGCUUAUGAGCAACAAUCAUCUGAUGAACAUUCUAAAUAUUUCAGUGAUUAUGCAUUAUUCAUGGAUCAACUUAUAGACUCAGACAAAGAUGUGAAUUUGCUUCGCCAAAAAGGAAUCAUAAUGAACUGGUUAGGAGAGGACAAAGAAGUGGUCAGCCUCUUCAACAAAAUCGGAAAUGGGGUCACUAUGUAUCCGGAUGGCUUCUACUACAAAGAAGAAUUCAAAAAAGCAAAUGAACAUUGUGAAACACCAUGGAACAGAAUGAUGGCAAGUUUGAUGCAUAAUUAUUUUAGUAGUCCUUUGGUAGGAGCUUCAACUGUGGGGGGCGGUAUACUCCUCAUACUCACAACUAUGCAAACUAUUCUAUCUUUAGCAGGUUCCUUUAAGUAAGUAGUAAUUAUCUCAAUUGUAGUGUUGAUGAGCUUACCAGUUUUUCAUGUCCCUCUUUUGUAUCGAGUUUUAUUGUUGAAUGCUAAUUUAAUUUAGUUUA